AGUAUCCCCGGCAGUCCAUUGGCCAGAGCCGGCGUGAUGCGCGGCUCAGUGCCCAACGGGGAGCUGCCACACGGCAGAUCCGGCUGGAGGGGUGGGACAUCCGGCCUGCGGCCCCCGGCGCCUCUUCAGCCGCCGCUGCUGCCGAGGAGGGAUCCCCGUGCCGCCAUGUCCGCGCACCGACCGCGGCCGACUGCGCUUCUGCUGCUGCUCCCGCUCCUUGCCGCCGCCGCCCGUGCCUCUGAUGUGGUGGAGCUCAGCGAUGCCGACUUCGAGAGUGGCCUAGCUGAGCGCCCGGGGCUGGUUCUGGUGGAAUUCUUCGCGCCCUGGUGCGGGCACUGCAAGCGGCUGGCGCCGGAGUACGAGUCGGCAGCGACCAGGCUGAAGGGGAUCGUGCCGCUGGUGAAGGUUGACUGUACAGCAAACUCAAAUACCUGUAACAAGUACGGAGUCAGUGGAUAUCCCACCUUAAAGAUUUUCCGAGAUGGAGAAGAGGCAGGAACCUAUGAUGGGCCCAGGACAGCAGAUGGGAUUGUCAGCCACCUCAAGAAACAGGCAGGACCUGCUUCGGUGGCUCUCAGUUCUGCGGCUGAGUUUGAGAAGUUCAUCAGUGAUAAAGAUGCUUCUGUAGUGGGCUUCUUUAGAGAUGCAUCCAGUGAUGCUUAUUCAGAAUUCAUGAAAGCUGCCAACAACCUGAGAGACAACUACCGCUUUGCACACACCAGCGAGGACCAGUUGGUGCAGAAGUAUGAGGAGGAUGGAGAGGGUAUAAUCCUAUUCCGUCCUUCACGCCUGACUAACAAGUUUGAGGACAGCUCCAUCAAGUACUCAGAAGACAAGAUCACCAGUGGAAAGAUCAAGAAGUUCAUUCAGGAGAACAUAUUUGGUAUCUGCCCACACAUGACUGAAGACAACAAAGACUUGAUCCAGGGGAAGGACUUGCUGGUGGCAUACUAUGAUGUGGACUACGAGAAGAACGCAAAGGGAUCCAACUACUGGCGCAACAGAGUAAUGAUGAUUGCAAAGAAGUUCUUAGACGCUGGCCACAAACUGUCUUUUGCUGUUGCUAGUCGAAAAACCUUUAGCCAUGAGCUUUCAGAGUUUGGUCUGGACAGCAGUGUGGGUGAGGCUCCAGUUGUUGCCAUCAGAACUGCCAAAGGAGACAAAUACGUCAUGCAGGAGGAAUUCUCCCGUGAUGGAAAGGCCCUGGAGAGAUUUCUGCAAGAUUACUUUGAUGGAAACUUGAAGAAAUACCUGAAAUCAGAGCCUGUCCCUGAAAGCAACGAUGGCCCUGUGAAGGUGGUGGUUGCUGAAAACUUUGAUGAAAUUGUUAAUGCAGAAGACAAAGAUGUCCUUAUAGAGUUUUACGCACCCUGGUGUGGCCACUGCAAGAAUCUGGAGCCCAAAUACAAGGAGCUGGGGGAGAAGCUCAGUAAAGACCCCAAUAUCAUCAUUGCCAAAAUGGAUGCUACAGCCAAUGAUGUGCCUUCCCCAUAUGAAGUCAGAGGCUUCCCCACCAUCUAUUUUGCUCCAGCUGGCAAGAAGCAGAGUCCAAAGAAGUACGAGGGUGGCAGAGAAGUGAGUGACUUCAUCAGCUACUUGAAGCGGGAGGCCACCAACACUCCUGUGCUGCAGGAGGAGGAUAAAACCAAGAAAUCCAAGAAGAAGGUGAAGGAGGAUUUGUAAAGCACCCACUUGCCAUCUUGUCAGGAUGAGCUCUGUGUGAAUUGGGGAAGCACUGGGCAGACUGGGGGCAGUUCUGGGUUGUGGAGAGCCAGUGGCCAUGUGGGCCCAGGGGACCCAGCUGCUGUGUCUAGUUCUGUUUAAUUUCCUGCCGUCUCUUAGCUGCACUGUUGUGGGGCUCCCCAGAUCGGUUUGUUUUGUGGUUUGGGAGGGGGUGGAGGGUAGGGUUAUUUUCUAAUUUUUUUUGUACAUUUGGAAAAGUGAAACAAUAAAAUGACCCCCUUAAGACCAA